GGUGUCAUGAGUGUUCCAGGCUCCAGCUGCGUGUCGGUUCCUGUGGAUCAUCUGGAUUACAGCUUCAUCCAGAGCUGCUCAGACCUCAAAUAUCUGGAGAGGAUCCUGAGAGUUCUGCGGUCUGGGCUGGAGGGGUUUUUCCCUCAUCUGAUUGAGUUCUGUGAGAGACACAUAGAGAAACUGGACCCAAAGUGUCGAGUCCUGAGGAAGGAGAAUCGCGCCGCUGCCGGUGUCUCCACAGAGGAAUGGAGGAACAUCUCUGAAGACCUGCAGCUGUGGGAGAGAAGCAUCAGGUCAGAUGAAGCGGAGCUGGAGCGGAGCCCCAUAUCCAGGGACGCUGAGACCCUUCCUCCAGUUCGUUCCUCACACGGCCUCUUCAGCUCUGCAUAG